AUGGAUCGCUCAGCCAAGCGCCAGCGAACAGAAGAACCUGAUGCUCAUGCACCCGAAUCGCUGGAGCGCUCUAUAAGCCCUCCUAGAAAGAGGAACAAACAACCAGCUACAAUCGAGUCACCGUGGCAACUAACUUGGAUUCGAGAUCUGCCGGAAAGCGACAACAAUGAUGCCGUAAGCCUACGGGACCUGCUAGGCGAUCCCCUCAUAUCAGAAUGCUGGGAAUUCAAUUUCUUACACGACAUCCCAUUUCUAAUGAACGCAUUCGAUCCAGAUACACGUCAUCUAGUCAAGGUUCACGUAGUGCACGGUUUCUGGAAACGUGAAGAUGAGAAUCGAAUAGCGUUGGAGAACGCUGCUGCGGACUUCAAGAACGUUGAUAUCCAUAUAGCACACAUGCCCGAAAUGUUCGGAACGCACCAUUCCAAAAUGAUGAUUAUUUUCAGACAUGAUAAUACAGCUCAAGUCAUCAUCCAUACGGCUAAUAUGAUCCCUAAGGACUGGACUAACAUGAGCAAUGGCGUCUGGCAAUCGCCCUUACUUCACAAGUCGUCGAGCUUACAGAACUCUGCAUCUUCCCCGGACGAUUAUGCCAUCGGUAGCGGAGAGCGGUUCAAAGUCGAUCUCAUCAACUACUUGAGAUCAUAUGACAAGCGGAAGAUUACCUGCAAACCCCUUGCCGAUGAACUUGUGCAGUAUGACUUUUCGAGCGUCAGAGCUGCGCUCAUUGCAAGUAUACCAGGCAAGCAUAACGCGCAAGAUAUGUCAGAGACAUCUUGGGGAUGGGCCGCUUUGAAAAGAUCUUUACGCCAUGUCCCGUGUAGGGAUUGUGAUGACUCUAGCAUUGCUGUACAGGUAUCAUCAAUUGCUACACUUGGGGCAAAGGAUGACUGGUUGCAAAAUACCCUUUUUCAGUCAUUGAGUCAUUGCAAGAAUUCGAACCCCAAGCGGCCCAAGUUCAAGGUUGUCUUUCCCACGGCCGAUGAGAUUCGACGGUCAGUGGACGGAUACGCAUCUGGGAGUUCUAUACAUACCAAAAUCCAAUCGUCACAACAAGCGAAGCAACUCGAAUAUCUUCGCCCAAUUUUCCAUCAUUGGGCCAACGAUUCCCCCAAGGGUGCUAAACUUCCCAACAAUACCUCUUUACAGGAGAGUGGCCGCAAGAGGGCAGCUCCACAUAUCAAGACGUACAUUCGGUCAAACGAAUCGUGCAUAGACUGGGGUCUUCUAACAUCGGCCAACAUUUCAAAACAAGCCUGGGGUGAGGCAGCCAGACCAACUGGUGAGAUGCGCAUCGCAUCAUAUGAGAUUGGAGUCUUGGUAUGGCCAGAGCUUUUGAGGCCGGGUUCAAUCAUGAUAGGCACUUUUAAAUCAGAUUUGCCAGAGGUUACACAAAACUCGGGCCAUGAGGCGGAAACUCAAUCGAAAAUUGGGUUGCGCAUACCGUACAACACUCCACUGCAACGGUACGGUAGCGAUGAAAUCCCUUGGGUCGCUUCAAUGUCUCAUGGAGAGCCAGACUGGGCGGGGCAGUAUUGGGUCUGA